GGUGUAACAGAGAAAUGUCCACUGAAAACAAAGGCGGUUUGUCAGCGUUAUGUGACAGAAGCAGCUCACACACACGCACACACACGCACACGCACCGUCCCGUCCCUGCUGUUCUUUGUGAUGGAAACUGAGGCUGAUGUCUUCUACCGGCAGCUUCCUAAAGUGGAGCUUCACGCUCACCUCAACGGGUCCGUGAGCUCUCACACCAUCGAGAAGCUCAUCAAGACCAAACCUCAUCUGAACAUCGAACACACCAUGACAGCCAUCGGUAAAGGACAGAGGAGGACUCUGGACGAGUGUUUUCAGGUCUUCAAGGUCAUCCAUCAGCUGGUAGACACAGAGGAGGACAUCCUCAUGGUGGCCACAGAUGUGAUCCGGGAGUUUGCAGCUGAUUCUGUCAAAUACCUGGAGCUCAGAAGUACACCGAGAGAGGAGAAAAACACAGGAUUGACAAAAAAGGGAUAUAUUGAAACUGUCCUCAGAGCCAUUCAGCUGUGUAAAAAUGAGGGACUGGACAUUGAUGUCAGGUUCCUUGUGGCGAUUGAUCGCAGGAAUGGGCCCCAGGUUGCCAUGGAGACAGUGGAGCUGGCUGAGGAGUUCAUGCUUUCUUCUGAUGGUUUGGUUGUGGGAAUCGACCUGAGUGGUGAUCCAACGGUAGGCGAUGGAAAAACUUUCCUUCCAGCUCUAGAGAGGGCCAAGAACUGUGGACUGAAGCUGUCACUGCACCUCUCAGAAGUGGCGUCCCAGCUGGAGGAGUCAGAUUUGCUGUUGAAUCUUCCUCCGGACAGGAUCGGUCACGGCACCUUCUUGCAUCCUGAAGUGGGUGGAUCUCAAAGCCUGGUUGACAAAGUGCUUAAGAACAACAUUCCACUGGAGCUGUGCCUGACCUCAAAUAUUAAAGGACAAACUGUGCCAUUUUAUUCCAAACAUCAUUUUAAAUACUGGUACCAGCUGGGGCAUCCAAGUGUGAUUUGUACUGAUGACAAGGGGGUCUUCUGUACAGACUUGUCUCAGGAGUAUCAGUUGGCAGCUUCCACGUUCGGCCUGAGCCGUGAAGCCGUGUGGAAGCUCUCCCAGCAGGCCAUCGAUUGUAUCUUCGCACCAGAGACGGUGAAACAGCAGCUCAAACAGAAGUGGACUAUUUUAAAGCCUCAAGUGUUCCAGUGACCUGCUCAGUGGAGCCGAAGACAAUCUAUAUACCUCAGGUUUCAGUUUAAAAGAAACAAACAUUUUCAUUAACUUUUUACAAGAUUUUGUAGAAAUCAUGACAUUAGAAGUGAUUUUUUAAAACUACGGUUAACAAAUGUUUAAAAUAGGUGAAAGUAAACAAUAUUUAUUUAGUACAAGUGUGAAGUGUGUUCUUUUGUCUUUUCUGUUGUUGAACGCAACAAAAAAUUAAAGCAACAGACUUGUGAUGACAUAAUGUGAAUGGAUGAGCCGAAGUCAAAGAAAGUCACGGAUAUAUAAAACAAUAAAAAAAUGAAUAUCCA